AUGGUACUCCCGGUAUUCAUCAUCGGCACAGCGAGUGUGGGGGUGGCCACUGGCUACAGCAUGUACCAGGCUGGUACGGCACUGGCAUGUCCAUCCUCGAUCAAUAGGCCCCCACUUAAGAGCACUAGCAGCCUCAUGGCGGGCGGUAUCUCAGCAAUAGCUGCAUACUCGAUCCAAGUGCGAGUUCUUAACCGCUACGUGUCAAAAUCAUUGACCUACGAAGUUCCCAAGAACGUGACAACCUGGAGCUUCCGUGACUUUCUGCGCAUCGCAGGACCGCUCGUGGCUCCUCGUGUAGCGAUGUUUUCGACGUCAGCGGCGCUCAUGGGUUUUGUGUCUACGAAGGUAGAUCUGUCUCGAAAUCAAGAGAAGUGA